AAGAUAGCGGAGAACAGCGGGGGAAUUCUAUGCUGGGAGGUGGGAAGGUCUACGGUAUGUAUGAUAAUAUUAUGAUAGAAGAAUUGCCCUCCCGCGUCUCUGAGCGUCUGCACGGAACCACCAACCCAGCCCCAUAAGCUCGCCAACGAGGUCUCAACCCCCACACACCAAUCGUCGGUUGAACUCUGUGACAUUUUUGGACGAAAAUAGCCUAGACUGUGCAACAACCUCUUCCACACGGGCUCCGGUGCGCCAUUGUACCACCGCACCCCUUUCGCGGCCAACACCACGACGUAUAAAGAAAGCUUCGUCCCGACACCAAGGCGGGAGGAAAAGAAAAGAAAAAAAAACUCCUCUCGCUUCCUACCUCCUCCACCUCUUCCCUCGGUCAAACAGCCACCAAAAGAGACGGGACCCCUCAGACGAUCGUGAAUUGCGGGUUAAAGAAAAAUCGCGAAAAAACAGCAAUGUCGUACUCAACAUCCCAAACUCCAGCACCGGUCUACGACCCACACGCGGCUCCCGCAACCGCGGCCUACCAACACCCGGGCGUCGGGCAGCAAUACCCAUCCCAGGACGGGGUCGCCACCGCAUCGCCAUACUACCAGGGCGAGCAGCCGAAGCAACAGUACUACGCCGCGGCACCGCACCAGUACCCGCAACAGCAAGCGAUCCCGAUGCAGCAGGGCGGAGGUGGACCACAGUUUUUGCAGGCGACACCGAUUCCGGCGCUAUCGAGGGCCUCCGCGCCCGUGGAUUGUCCGAUUUGUGGGCAGCGAAGGUUGACGAGCAUCUCUUACGAGGUUGGCUCCACUACUCAGUGAGCGCUUCCCCAUUUUACUUGUGCACUCGUUUCGCCGGGUUCGCUAACUGGUCCGCCUGCCGUAUUCUAGUCUCUGGGCGGUCGUGGCCUGUGUGGUGGCGUGCUUGGGGUGUAUCCCUUACUUGAUGACGAGUCUGAAGGAUGUGCAGCAUCGCUGCGGACAAUGCGGGACGCUCCUUGUUGUCUGGCACAGGAGUGGUGGAGCCGAAGUGCUUGUUCACCCGCAAGGUUGAACGUUGGAAGGCCUGAGGAGGUGGAAAGCUUCUUUAUUAUCAUUACCAUUCAUAAUCAUCAUACCUCACUCCUCUUUGUUUCCUAGCUUCUUGAGGCGGUUUCCUAUCGCUUUCUCACAAUUGCUCUUUUUCUUUAUCCUUUUUUCUUUUUUUUGUUGGAGCGAACCCUCUUCCCCCCAGCUUCUGCUCUAUUAUUACGGGCGAGCACGGUACCGGUAGAACACACUAUGCCUCGCUACUAUAAUUCCCCUAAAACCGACGGCAACGACUGCUCUCUCUCUCUCUCUCAAUCAUCCAUCUUCCUCCUUCACACAUAGCUCUACCCAUCCUCUCCUCUUUACGUCUGCAUAAUGGUAUUUGUAAAAAAAAAUUAUAUACCAAG